GUACAGGUUAACCCGAGAUCACGCACACACACAUGGUACAGGUUAACCCGAGAUCACACACACACGUGUUCCUGAAGCUGCUCGUGACCCGCGCACACACAGAGCUCACACAUGAACAUAACCCGCCUCCGAGGACUGCAGAGCGCAGAGGGGACGCUUGGCCCCUGCUCACUCUGCACACACAGAAAUGUGAGAUACUCUGAGAUGGGCGAUGUUGUGACUCUAAAGCAGAGAUACUGAGCGAGCUGAGUGAAGCAGCUGUGAAGCCUCAGCUCAGAGAGAGGAGGAGCCUGGACAGGUAUGGACAGGUACUGCUCACAGACCCGCCUAUGAAGCAUUUGUUGUGCUGAUACAAUCCUGCAAGGCUCAGGAUCCGCGGAGCAGUCUUCCCCCCUCAUCCAACAUCAGCCUGGUCAAGCAUCGCACCUGGGCGGCACUCACUCAAUUCAUGGCACACACGCGAAACACUCGUGUUUGUUUGUUUCCGGUCUCGUGCUUCCCGAGUAUGUCCAGGGAGAUGACGAAACCCAAUCAAACACGUUAAACUGUGACGUCAUUGCAGGCUACGUACAGCGAAUAUCGGUUUGGGUGCAAUUUAGUGUGAAUGAAAGGAGCACGUGCAGCAUCAGCAUGGCGGGCUUCGAUCAGCUGAUCGAUAAUCAAUGCUGUUUGUUCUGUACGUUUGUUUUGCUCGGCACGCCGGCCCGGGCAGGCGGAGUCGCCUCUGUGUCCUCCUGGCUCGUUAUCUAAUCGAGUCGAACAAAGCAAAGCCAGCCAGGUGUGUGGUCACCUUCGGGCCCAGUCUCUGACUUCAGCCCCCCCCCGCGGGUGGUCAGCCUCCCCUCGCCCCGGUGACCCCGCACGCCUCCUCCGCAGUGUUUACAGGCUGUCGGGAGCAGAGCUAACAUGCUAACAAACAAGCUGGCAGGUGAAGCGGCACGAGCCGUCACCUCGGAGAUCAGGUGACAACCUCUCAGCCUCCCCGCAGUGAGAGCCGUUAACCGCAGCUUUAAACCCGGCGGCAGCACGCAGGAGGAGGAGGUGCUCAGUGAGCAGCAUGGACAUGAGUCCAUCACAGGGAUAGCUCAGAGUCACAGAGGCUGAGCAGGUUUGAGCAUGUGCAGAGGAUGGCGGCUGAAGAUGGAGCUGCCAGGCGGGCGGAGGAGAGGAAGAUCUGAGAGGAGGCUCAUGAUGCAGUGAAGAAGAAGAGGAGGAGUCGCCGCCCUGCUGGCCAGCAGAGAGAAUGCAGAAAAGCAGGGGCUCCUUCACCGCUGACGUCAACCGCUCCACAAACGUCAUCUCCCAGAGUUCACAGCGCUGUCGCAUACCGGCACAUGCGCGUCCAGGCGGUGUUCGGGGUCGGCUAUCAUGGCGACGUACGUGGACAUCCUGAAGAGCGAGUUUCCUGAGAUCGACGCGGAGCUGUUCGACUACAUCACAGGGGUUCUGGAUGGCGGCGGGGCGGAUUUCGAGGACAGCGAGGAGGUUUACGAAGCGGUCGGCGGCGUGCUGCAGGAGGUGUCAGCUGACAGUAAAAACGAAGAUGACAUCCGAGACAUCUGUCUGCAGAUGUUCAACACGCUGAAACUAAACCACCACCGCGGCGCUCAGCGGCAGGUGCUGCUGGACGCUCCCGUGCAGCUCUCCCAGAUCUCUGCAGACAGCGUUUCUGCAGCCAAAGACGCUGAGGGCAUCUGGAUGAUGAGACGUGCUCAGAACACGACGGUCGACGCCAAGAAGCUGGAGAAAGCCGAGGCGAAGCUGAAAGCCAAACACGAGCGCAGGAGCGAGAAGGACUCGCAGAAGGCCUCCAGCCCACUAGUCCUGGAGGAGGCGUCCGCCAGUCAGGCCAGCAGUAAGAAGGACAGCCGAGUCGACCAAUCGGGGAAGAACCGCAGCUACGACAUCCGCAUAGAGAACUUUGACGUGUCCUUCGGAGAGAGAUGUCUGCUGCAGGGGGCGGAGCUGAGCCUGGCGUCGGGCCGGCGGUACGGCCUGAUCGGCCGCAACGGCCUGGGGAAAACGACGCUGCUGAAGAUGCUGGCAAGUCGCAGUCUCCGUGUCCCGGCUCACAUUUCCAUCCUGCACGUGGAGCAGGAAGUGGCAGGGGACGAAACGUCGGCGCUGCAGAGCGUCCUGGAGAGCGACACGGUGCGGGAGGACCUGCUGGGCGAGGAGAGGAGGCUGAAUGCUCGCAUCGCCAAUGGAACUGCCGACGGGAUGGAGAGCGUGCGGCUGUCCGAGAUCUACGGAAAGCUGGAGGAGAUCGAAGCUGACAAGGCGCCGGCCCGAGCGUCUGUCAUCCUGGCUGGUCUUGGAUUUUCUCCCAGAAUGCAACAGCAGGCCACAAAGCCCGACCUCCUGCUGCUUGAUGAGCCCACCAACAUGUUGGAUGUCAGAGCUAUUCUGUGGUUGGAGAACUACCUGCAGACCUGGCAGUCCACCAUCCUGGUCGUCUCCCACGACAGAAACUUCCUGAAUGCCGUGGUCACAGACAUCAUCCACCUGCACUCCCAGAGGCUUGACAGUUACCGCGGCAACUACGAAAAUUUUAUUAAAACCAAAGAGGACCGACUGAAGAACCAGCAGAGAGAGUACGAGGCCCAGCUGCAAUACAGACAGCACAUACAGGUUUUCAUCGACAGAUUUCGGUACAACGCUAACCGAGCAGCUCAGGUGCAGAGUAAACUCAAACUCCUGGAGAAGCUACCUGAGCUAAAGCCCAUCGAGAAGGAAAUUGAAGUCACGCUCAGGUUUCCAGAUAACUUUGAGAAGUUAUCUCCGCCCAUCCUGCAGCUGGAUGAAGUCGAGUUUUACUACAGUAAAGACCAGCCGCUGUUCUCCGGACUCAACCUGUCAGCUGACCUCGACUCUCGGAUCUGCAUCGUCGGUGAAAACGGUGCUGGUAAAACCACCGUCCUCAAGUUGCUGAUGGGCGAGUUGACCCCGGUCAACGGAGUCAGGCAGGCUCACAGGAACUUGAAGAUCGGUUACUUCAGUCAGCACCAUGUGGACCAGCUGGACCUGAACGUCUGCUCUGUGGAGCUGCUCCUCAACAAGUUCCCCGGUCGGACCGAGGAGGAGUACCGCCACCAGCUGGGAGGUUACGGUAUCACGGGGGAGUUGGCCACGAGGCCGGUGGCCAGCCUAUCAGGAGGACAGAAGAGCCGCGUGGCCUUCGCUCAGAUGACCAUGCCAUGCCCAAACUUCUAUAUCCUGGACGAGCCGACCAAUCACCUGGACAUGGAGACCAUCGAGGCGCUCGCUAAGGCUCUGAACAAAUUCAAGGGCGGGGUCAUCCUGGUGUCACAUGACGAGCGUCUGAUCAGGAUGGUGUGUAAGGAGCUGUGGGUGUGUGAAGGCGGGAAGGUGCGGCGCAUCGACGGCGGGUUCGAUGAGUACCGGGACAUCCUGCACGAGCAGUUCAAGAAGGAGGGUUACCUGUGACGCUCCACCCACUGCUUACUGACCGUACCCACCACUGACAUAACCACGCCCCCUCCAUUAUGAUGUGUCGCAGCAGCUAAUCGGCAUCUAGAGCGGACCGGAGGACUUUUUCUUCUCUGAACUCUCACCUGCUGCUCAGGUGAUCUGCUGCAAGCUGAUUGGCUGCGAACUCUGCGGGGAGAGGGGUCACCCAGAGCGGCUCGGCGUUUAUUUAACGAGUGAACCUGUCGUCUGUCUGUCGUCUCAGCUGAUUGUGUUUUGUAUGGCAGCGGUUUCCUGCGAGCUGAUGUCACAGUGACAUCAGACACAAAACAAAUAAAAGAAUCAUAUCACG